AUGCGCCGCUCGCGGGGCCCGCCCCUGCGGGUUACCCAGGAGGCCGCGCGGCGCGGAGGUCAACAUGGCGGCGAGGGCGCCUGUCGCAGGAGGUAGUCGCCUGAUAGACAGCAUUCGCAAGUGGUACUACAAUGCAGCUGGGUUCAACAAACUUGGAUUAAUGCGAGAUGAUACAUUGUAUGAAGACGAUGAUGUAAAAGAAGCACUGAAGAGACUCCCGGAACAUCUUUACAAUGAAAGAAUAUUUCGCAUAAAGCGAGCAUUGGACUUGAGCUUGAAACAUCAGAUCCUUCCGAAAGACCAGUGGGUGAAGUAUGAGGAGGAUCACCAUUAUCUUGAACCAUACCUAAAAGAAGUAAUCCGUGAAAGACUUGAAAAGGAAGCAUGGAACAAGAAGUAACUAUUGAACUUCUUCAUGAAAAUAUCCACGUAUUUCUGAUAUUUUUAAACAUUUAGUUAUAAAAGUCCACAGGGAGGCAAUUGUGUGGCUGAGGAAUACUGUUUCAGCUUGUUCAUUGAGUGUGUUCAUCCAACUAAAAUAAACAUGUCAAAGUAAAAAAUCUUGGAUGAGUUCUUUCUGAAUGUUAACAAGCUAAUGUUCAGAUCUUUCCUAUGAACAUAUACAUUACAUAUUAGUUUAAUGGUAUGCAGUCUUCAUUCCAGCUUUUUGAUUCUUACUCUUUUUAUGGUACAGCUGUUUUCUACAGUUGUAGGGUUAGGUAAGUAGUAGUAGUUACUUUGUUAAAUUAAAAAGGAGUUUGUAUUUCAUUUGUCACUUCUCCCUGUAGAUAAAAAUACCAGUGCUUGGUGUUACAAUGGUAUUGUAAGACAGCAGAAUGUAAUAUCCUGUACAUCUGAGCACAUAUGUAUUUAAAAAAAUGGAAAAUACAAAUGAUUCCUUAGUCAUAAAAUAGGAAAUGUUUCACUAGCUUUUUGUACAAUAUACAUUGUUAAUCCUUAAAAGACUAUUUUCAUGUAAACCGUAAUGACUGUCUCACUUCAGCUUCUUUCGAUGUUUUUUUCUUUUAAAGGGUAAAAGUGGUAUUCUGAUGUGCUUUCAACAACAUAUUUAACUUCCCAUGUAUUUUCUUCAUCACCUAAAGCAUGCUGUAGUUUACAGUGUUUGGUAUCCAGAAUGUACUGGCUCCUACUGGCUGAAGACCUUUGGUCUUCUGUAGUUUAAUGGUACUGUUAAUUUGAGACAGAUAUUGGUGUUAGAUGUGAAAAUCAAAACCUGUCAUAUAUAACCCACUGUGUGAAGUACACAAUUUCUGUGAUAGUCUCAA